CAGCCUUUUGCCGGAUUCAUCUAGUGACGUUCUCUCGCGACUUCCUCUUCGUUGUUUGAACACGUGCGAUACCCCAACCUCCCACUACUCGCGGCAAUCACUCCACCGCCAUUGACUUUACGGUGCCGAUACCUUCCACAACCCUUUGUUGAUCGCCGAGCGCACUUUCUCGCCGGAUGCAAUGGCUGUGCUCAGCUGCGAGUUAUAUGACACCCGCGUUAUUUCUUUCUCUCGUACAUCCUCCCGUCAAUCGACCCGCGCGAAACCCCGGAGAACUUCAAUUGGCACUGCUGCAUUCAUCGAUUUUGAUCUCUUUUGGGAAUCACACAUAAUAUAUACGCAUCUUUUGCAUCAAAUUCACCAUGUCGAACGUACCCAAAAUGUCGACUUCUAACACAGACGUCGAUGCCGCCUUGCCGCAUGCCUCACUGCUCGCAUACUUCCCUGAUUCUGCAGCUGUUUCUAAGGCGACAGAUACCGGUAUCUCAUCGAAUGAGAACAGUCAUGGUACCUACACGCAUAAAUUGCUUCAUGCUCACACCGACGACGACGACGACGACGACGACGACGACGAAGAGUCAAAACUAGGCUUCUGGGGCGAGGUGGAUGGAGCUAAGAGCUCGUCCGGAUCAUACUCAUUCUGCGAAGGCAGAUCAGCUUGGAGAGGAGCGGCCGCUUUCUGCUGUCUUUGGUGUGCGUUCUCGGUCAUUAUCCCCGGCGCUUUUGGCCUCUAUUUCGCUGUCGACCUUGCAUUCAGCCACUAUGGACUGGGGACUGGGAUGGCGGAGUGGGUCAUGUACAGACAACAGCUCCCACCAAGCAACAUCCGUUGGAUAGAGUUCUGCCUUGAGACUCCGAACCGUGAGGCACCUGGCCCGCAGGCCUGGCACUAGCUGAAAGCAGGCACCGGCGACCGUUUCACUACCGAUACCAUUGACUUCAUUCUCAAUCCAAAGGAAGCAUGGAAGAUUCAACCAGAUGCGAUUCUGCUCCUGAGGGACGAUGCGUCAUACAUGGAUUAGCAUGAACAGAUUGGUGCACCCGUUAUCUCCCGAGAACAACCACAAGCUCCUAAUUUGGGUGACCAUAUUGCGGAAGAUGGUCACCUAGUCCGAGAAGUUUGAGAGGUCAAAUGUGGAAGCUAUCGCAGGCAACUGGUAAUUGACACUGGCAUUUAUUUUCCAGUAUACGUUAUUUCGCACAUUGUUUGUCUGGCAUCUUGCAAUAAAUCUCAUGCAUUUGUUCUUUCUAGCU